GUCACCAAACCGAUUUUGCUAUUUUGCCUUCUAUAGUAAAUAAUCGCAUUUACUUGUACAACUACGUUACCUGAAUAACCAUUUCUUACACAUCACUAAUCUGUAAUGACAGAUAAUUCUGCAUAAAAAAGAAACAAAAAACAUUUUUUUAAUUGCCAAAGUUUGACAUGUUGUAGUUGCAUUUUUGUUAUCUACUCUAAUUAACAAUGUAUUGUUAAAUAAUUGCUAUUGAGAGUCAAAGUAAAAAUAUUGCAAUGAAUGUUCGACCGCGAUGUCGUGAAUGGAUUCCACUUUCGACACAACAACUUCGCCUAAGGAAUCUAGUCCAGAUUCAAGGUCAAAAUAUUCAAUGUAACAUAGCUGGCGAAGUUUUUAUAUAUUAUACCCUUCAUAGUAAUAAGAAAAGUUCCGCAUUUUAUAUAAGUGAGUCUUUACCUCGUCAGCAUUCGGAACAUAAAUGGAUGGAUAUCAAUUGCAGCGAGAUUUUAAAGUCAAACCUUAAUUGUGUUUGUGUUAAAGUCUGGGCUCACAUCAAAGAUGGGAAGCAAAGUCAAAACUUUCAAAAUGAACCUGAAUCAAAACGCAAUGAAUUAAUAAGUGCCUUGUCAAAAGAACUGUCUAAAUGCCUUUCUACAAAUAAUUUAAAGUGCUCGCCGGAUGAGAUUUUAUUUACUUGGGGUGUUUAUUUCUCUGGUCUUAUCCCUCUUAUUAACCAAUCUGAUUUUAAAUGUGUUGCUAACUCUUUAAUUUUCUUAAUGAACGGAGUUUACUUCGUUUCUCCAGCAAAUUUUGCAGAAAAUGGUUUCCGAGAACAGCUUUCUCACACAAUACCAACUGUUUCUAAUCUUCAAAUUGAUUCUAUAAAUUCAGAAGAAGUUAAAUGCUGCUUAGAUACCUCGGAAUGUGAAACACAAAAAUCGCAAACAAAUAGACGGAAUACAAAAUUGCUUUGUCCAACUUUAGACGUGCGUAAAAGUUAUUCUUUAGAUAAACUCCUUAAAAUUCAAAAUGUUCAACGAGAGCAUAUGCUUGCAACGAAAAGAGCAACAGAUGUUGUCGACAACAUAAAGCAAAUAAGUGUAAGAUGCAUUACAAAUGAGCAACUAUUACACAAGACACAAACUACCUCAAGCACAUUACGUAGCGCAACACAAGUGCAUCAUUCCAUAGGCCGUACUUUAAGUGUAUUGUUGGAUGAACAUAAACAAAUUGAUCAUCAAACAUUGAUACGAGCUCAAGUAUUACAACAGAAAAUUGAGAUAUUACAUAGCAGAAAUACCCUCUUAAUAGCUGAACGAGCAAUUUUGUCCGAACGAAUUUGUCAAAGACAAGAACGUUUAUGUUCUAUAUUGGAUUCACGACAAAAACAAUGUAAGAGACUUCAUUCUUAUAAUAAAAAACUAUGUAAAGAUAUGGAGUUCCUGGAUAAGUACAAUGCGCAGAAUAAAGCACAACAAAUACUGAAGGAACGGAUAAUGCACAAUUUACAGCGUCGUAUGUCUUUACUUUGUACAGAACUGCGUCAAAUAUAUCCAAUUUCUUAUAAUUUUGGUUUUUAUACAAUUUGUGGCAUACGAUUUCCUAACAUGAAUAACUAUCUCACUGAUGAUAAUUCUACAAAUAAUGUCUGUUUAGAUGUUUCACCAAUGGCCUUAAGCGUCUGUUUAGGUUAUAUUGCGCAUUUAGUACAAAUGAUUUCAGUUAUUAUAAAUCGUCCACUUAGAAAUCCUAUUAUAUAUAAAUGUUCUAGGAGUAGCAUAAUAGAUGUCAAAACUUUACCUUAUGUAUCACGAGAGUUCCCGCUAUAUAGUCGUUCCUCGAUGCCCUCGAAAGCACUAAAAUAUGCAAUUUAUUUAUUAAAUCAAAACAUUUCUCAACUCUAUUUCGAUAUAUCUGGUAUGGGAUGUGAAAAAGAUACUAUACAAAAUAUUUUGCGAAUAUUUGAAACGGUAGAAAAUAUUGAAAGAAAUCGUCCUGAGAAUGAACAUCAUGUUUCCAAUGAAUUAGCUCGAAAAAGCAAAGCAGUUAAUAUUCCUAGCAGUGGUGAUAGCGAUUGUGGAAUUGAUAAAGACUUCCAAGAUAGGAUUACAAUCUGUUUGUCUAAGUCAGAUUCAUCUAAUGAUACGAGUCGUAUGCUUAGUUCAAGUUUGGAACAAACUUCAACACAACAGCGAAAAAGUCGAUCUGUUGGUUCAUAUUCGGAUAGUGAGGAUUCUCGUAACUCUAUGGAAAUCGCCAGCAACUGCCAUUAUUUAUCCGAUUCAAACAUUUCAUUUAAAGGCGAAUGCUAAGGAGUUUUUAUAUGUAAAUUAAUUUAAAAAAAAAAUUAUUAAUUUAAAAUUAGGGAACUUCGGUUGAUUUUAUGUGUUAUUGAUUACAAAUUUAGUUUU